AUGGAUGAAACCGGCGACGUCGAGAUGGAGGCAGGGCAGGAGGGCGCAGAGAAAACGGAGCAACAAAUGGAGGAAGAGCGAGAAAAGCACAGGCGCAGGGCUCAGCGGUUUGGAACGCCCUAUGUCGAACCCAGAAAAUGCAACGGACCCAAGAGCAAAACUCCCGUGGAGAAGCAGAAGAAAGAAAAGAGGCACAAGGGCAAAAACAGACCUGCAGGGGCACGUGUGCAGGAUCAAAUCAGCGCUGAGGAACUGGAGGCUCGCAAACGCAGGGCUGAAAAAUUCGGUCCAGUGCAAGAAAUGCAGCCGGCAGUGAAGAAACUCAAGCUCAUCAACAGACCAUUUCCUGAACGGCUACUGCUUGAGGGACGAAUUGAUGCGGAUCCAAGCCUUCGUCGGCGCUUGGACACUGUCCAUAUGUAUGGGGUGGACUUAAUGAGCUCAAAGGAUGUACUCCGGUACUUUACAGACUAUGGGCCAACGUAUGUGGAGUGGAUCAAUGACUCCUCAUGUAAUAUUGUUUUUGGCGAUGGUGGCAGUGCAAUGCGUGCCAUAUCAGAAUUGGGAACCCCUGUGUCUGUGCCAGAAGCUGGUGCAAAAGACCCACCAGGUGAAUCUGGGGGCCCAAACGCUGAUGAGGGCAUGAAGAUGGAGACAGAUGGUCCAAAGAUGGACACCGAAGACUCAAAGACCGAGAAAGACGGUGCAACCCCUGACCCAAAUUAUGUUGGAAUGUACCAUUGGCAUCGAGGUCAUCCAUUCAUCAAGUCGAAGGAAGCUCCGGCCAUUCACCUCAUGUUUCGUAUGGCUACCAAUGAGGAUCGAAAACCUGAUGCACCCAAGCAGACACGAAAACUAUGGAGGUUGCCCAUGUCAAAGGCUACCCGCAUUCAAAAAUUGGAUGCAACUGAGGGCGGUAAGGGUCAGCAGAAUGUAACAGAAGAGCAGAGCAAAAGAGUGGGUAUGACUCCAAGCGCCAAGAAGAACUUGAGAAAGAGGCAGAGGCGCAAGGCCCAAAAGGAAAAAGAGCACAUGGGUGGGCCAAAAGGUGACGAUGUUGGCACUGGCAGCACUGGAGGGCAGCAGGGCGUAGAGGACUUACGUGGCCUGAUUACACGGCUCCGGCUAAGCCCUGCAUCUGGAAAAGAGGGGCGAAAGCCAGACACAGGGUCGAAAAUUGAGGCACCAGCUGGCCACGAUACAUUCACGAUGGGAUCAGCAAAUAAUGAUGCAAGGUCCAGCGAUGGGAAUUUGGGACAGGAUGCAAAGAUGCCCUCCAAUGUGGGGAAUUCGGCACCAAUGGUAGUUGAGUGA